AUCUGGGUUUGAAGGCAUUAAUUAUGGGUUCCGAAUCAACGCCCACUCUUCCAAUUCUAGAUUUCUCCAAUGCAGAAUUGAAGCCUGGAACAGAUUCUUGGUUGGUAGCAUGCAAAAAGGUUACACAUGCACUUGAACAGUAUGGUUGUUUUAUAAUAGAAUACGAUAAAUUUCCAUUACAACUUCACAAUCAAGUGUUUUCCCUCUUGGAAGAACUGUUCCUUCUCCCAACAGAAACGAAAAUGAAGAACCGAUACGAAAAGCCCUUGAAUGGCUAUGUCGGACAAAUCCCCAAGCUACCUCUCCAUGAAAGCUUGGGCAUCGAUAACGCUACUUCUAUAGAGGGAACUCGGUUCUUCACCAAUUUAAUGUGGCCCCAAGGAAAUGAUCGUUUCUGUGAAUAUAUUUCCAAGUAUGCAAAGGUAGUAGCGGGGUUGGAUCAAAUGGUGACCAGAAUGAUAUUUGAGAGUUAUGGUGUGGAGAGAUACCAUGAUGCUUAUACUGAUACAACAACCUACCUUCUACGGCUGCUGAAGAAUCGAGCUCCACAGCAAAGUGAGCCUACUCUAGGGUUUAUUACUCAUACUGACAAGAGUUUUACGACGAUACUUCAUCAAAACCAAGUCAAUGCUUUAGAGGUUGAAACAAGGGAUGGGAAUCGGAUUAAUGUUGACUUCUCAUCUCCUUCCUCCUUUGUGGUCAUUGCGGGCGAUGCACUCAUGGCAUGGAGUAACGACCGGGUACUUUCUCCAAGACACCAAGUAGUAAUGAGCGGGAACAUAGACAGAUAUUCACUGGGGCUAUUUGCCUUCAACAAUGGAACAAUUCAAGUGCCUGAAGAGCUUGUUGACGACCUACAUCCCCUCAAAUAUAAUACCUUCGACCAUUUGGGGCUCCUUCGCUUCUAUCGCACAGACGAGGGAUACAACUCCAAAUGUCCUAUUAAAGCCUAUUGUGGUGUUUGAUUUUCUUUAUAUAUAUAUAGAUAUAGUUGAUGUAAUAAUAGAACUUUGUCGUGUGAAAUCUCUAAUGUCUAGUUCGUAAAUUCCUAGGUGUGGCUCUGGUUCCGCAUAUGUCCUCAAACUUGUAUGAAUGCUGCAAUGGCUUUGUAAACUUUUAUAUUGCAAUAAUAAAGGACUUCAAAAAAUUGG